AUGAGGAACCUUCUCACGGUUUGCACCGCCGCCGUUCUCGCCUCUUGCUGUCUUUGCGUGUCACUUGCUUGCGGUUUUCCUAGUUCGCUUCUCGUGUCAAGAAUGGGUUCAUGGUUUGCUUUUGCUUUGAAGAUCAAGGCCGUCAGGGACUCGUUUGAGCUCGGCAAAAGGGAGCAGGCCCCAGGAAAUGUCGACAUCGAGCUUGGAUUGCAGGGUGACCUGACUAGUUCUGCGCAGCCAGGUUUUGAGGGAUUCUACGAACAGGUCAAGGAGAUUGAAAACUUGCUCAACACAUUGACAAAGUUACUGAAGGACCUUCAGAACUCAAAUGAGGAGUCAAAAGUUGUGACGAAGGCAUCUGCGAUGAAAGAGGUAAAAAAACGCAUGGAGAAGGAUGUCAAUGAAGUGACAAAGAUUGCACGGCUUGCAAAGUCAAAAGCAGAGCAACUGAACAAAGAUAAUGCUGCGAACAGAGAAAAGCCAGGAUUUGGUAAGGGAUCAGGUGUGGACCGGUCCCGGACAACAACCACUGUUGCAUUGACAAAGAAGUUGAGAGAACGUAUACUGGAGUUUCAGACAUUACGAGAAGAAAUCCAGAAGGAAUAUCGUGAUGUAGUGGAGCGUCGUGUUUUUACUGUAACGGGCGAACGUGCUGAUGAAGAGACAAUCGACAAGCUGAUAGAAACAGGCGACGGCGAGCAAAUCUUUCAGAGAGCAAUUCAGGAGCAAGGGCGAGGAAGGGUACUGGACACACUGCAGGAGAUCCAGGAGCGCCAUGACACGGUGAAAGAGAUUGAGAGGAAGCUUCUUGAUCUGCAGCAGAUCUUCCUCGACUUGGCUGUAUUAGUUGAAGCCCAUGGUGAGAUGCUGGACAACAUUGAGACACAGGUCACAGGUGCAGUUGAACAUAUUCAGACUGGAACAAACCUUCUCCAGAAAGCAAAGAAGCUGCAGAAGAACUCGCGAAAAUGGACUUGCAUUGGCAUAAUCAUCCUCUUGAUAAUCAUCCUCAUCGUCAUCCUCUCCUUGAAACCAUGGUCGUGGGGUCUAUACCUACUGGUUUCUUGGGAGAUCGAUAACACCGAGGCAGUAGUUUCUGAACAGGCUGAAGGACGGAUCAGUUGCAUUAUAGCCUUAACUAUUUUACUCAUUCUUGCAAACAAGAGGAAGCUCCUGGAUCUGCAGCAGGUUUCAAGGACUCCUCUUUUUAUACCAGUUCAAGGUGAGAUGCUGGACAACAUUGAGAUGUGGUAG